AUGCUCCUGGCCUCGGCCGUGGUGGUCUGGGAAUGGCUGAACGAGCACGGCCGCUGGCGUCCCUACAGCCCGGCCGUGAGCCACCACAUCGAGGCGGUGGUCCGCGCGGGGGCCCGCGCCGGGGGCAGCGUGGUGCUGGGCCAGGUGGACAGCCGUCUGGCUCCCUACAUCAUCGACCUGCAAUCCAUGAACCAGUUCCGCCAAGACACGGGGACCCUACGUCCAGUUCGGCGAAACUACUACGACCCAUCCUCAGCCCCUGGGAAGGGCGUGGUGUGGGAGUGGGAAAACGACAACGGUUCCUGGACGCCCUAUGACAUGGAAGUGGGUAUCACCAUCCAGCAUGCCUAUGAGAAGCAGCAUCCCUGGAUCGACCUCACUUCCAUAGGUUUUAGCUACGUCAUUGACUUCAGCACCAUGGGCCAGAUCAACCGGCAGACCCAGCGCCAGCGACGCGUCCGCCGCCGACUAGACCUCAUCUACCCCAUGGUCACAGGCACCUUGCCUAAGGCUCAAUCCUGGCCAGUGAGCCCUGCAGCUGCCACCACCUCUCCCCCUGCACCACCCUGCUCCUGCCCACAGUGUGUCUUAGUGAUGAGUGUGAAGGCAGCUGUGGCCAAUGGGAGCACUGGGCCAUUGCAGCCCCCAGCAACCCGCAAGAAUGUGGCCUCUUCUGGAGUAGUCAAGCUGCCCCCACCAUCUGGCCCUGGGACCAAGCUCCUGGACCCAACAGGCACCAUCCGGGGCCCAGGGAAGACCACCCCAUCGCAGGUGAUCCGAAGACAAGGUGUCUCUAGUACAGCAGCUGGGGCAACCACAGGUUCUCCUGCCAGCCCCUCAGGAGCCAACAGCAAGACUGGACGGGUAGCAUUGGCCACCUUGAAUCGUACUAACCUGCAGCGGCUGGCCAUUGCCCAGUCCCGGGUGCUGAUCGCCUCGGGGGUCCCUACUGUGCCGGUGAAAAACUUAAAUGGGUCCAGUCCUGUCAACCCUGCCCUGGCAGGAAUCACUGGGAUCCUCAUGAGUGCAGCAGGAUUGCCUGUGUGUCUCACCCGACCACCAAAGCUGGUCCUCCACCCACCCCCUGUCAGCAAGAGCCAAAUUAAAUCCAUCCCAGGAGUCUCCAACACAAGCCGCAAGACCACCAAAAAGCAGGCCAAGAAAGGCAAAACCCCAGAGGAGGUGCUGAAGAAAUAUCUGCAGAAGGUCCGACACCCACCAGAGGAGGACUGUACCAUCUGUAUGGAGCGCCUCACAGCCCCCUCAGGCUACAAGGGCCCACAGCCAACAGUCAAGCCUGACCUGGUGGGGAAGCUGUCCAGGUGUGGCCACAUCUACCACAUCUACUGCCUAGUCGCCAUGUACAACAAUGGGAACAAGGAUGGAAGUUUGCAGUGUCCAACUUGUAAGACCAUUUAUGGAGUCAAGACAGGCACACAGCCUCCAGGAAAGAUGGAGUACCACCUCAUCCCCCACUCUUUGCCUGGACACCCAGACUGCAAAACUAUCCGGAUAAUCUACAGUAUUCCCCCUGGAAUUCAGGGACCAGAACACCCAAAUCCGGGGAAGAGUUUCAGCGCCCGUGGCUUUCCAAGACACUGUUACCUUCCAGACAGUGAGAAAGGAAGAAAAGUUCUAAAGCUGCUGUUGGUGGCCUGGGACCGCCGUCUCAUCUUCGCCAUUGGCACCUCCAGCACCACAGGCGAGUCUGAUACCGUCAUCUGGAAUGAGGUGCACCAUAAGACAGAAUUUGGCUCCAAUCUCACUGGUCAUGGCUACCCAGAUGCCAAUUACCUGGAUAAUGUGCUGGCAGAACUGGCUGCCCAAGGAAUCUCUGAAGAAACCACUGCCCAGGAGAAGGACUGAGGCUGAAUGGGCCCAAGGACCUCAGGAUAUGGGGAGAAUUGAAGUGGAAUUUGGUGCCAUGGCCCCUGAACUCUCUGUCUCCUCUCUUGUCCUAUCUCCAUCCCUCAUCCCUCGCAACCACAGGGAUGUGGGCAGGUUGAGUAAGGUGAUGUCAUUCAUAAAUGUCAUCGAAGAUACAGAGGACAUGGGAUGAAAAUCAUCCUCAGUCAUGUCCCAUGGAGUCGUGGUGCUGGCUAGGCAAAAACCCACACUCCUUCCCCUCCUCACCCAAGGAGGGAACAUGGUCAGCACACUUAGGGUAUGCAAGGUGCACAGGCACUCCAUACCUUGGCCUUGUGAAGUCGAGGUUAUUUGCCUCAGCUGGCUUCUUGCUGCUUCCACUCUGCUUUGAGAGCGGAGUUUCCACUUUUCUGUCCUCCACUGGAGUCAGGGAGCUCUCACUGUGCAAGGUUGGGGGUCAGGGGAUGGACCACUGUAUUUCUGUGACAUCAGAAGUUGGAUGCCUUGAUGUAGAGUGAAGACACAUGUUGUGCUGAGAGAGUCAGAGAAGUACAAGCCUCUGAGAGCACAUUGAGCUCUCAUCCUAGUCCCUGACUUCUCUGGGCCUUCCCUUCCUCCUCACACUUUUAUUUGUCCAAAGAGGCAUCUGGUUCUCUCAUGUGGAUAGAAAGACUCUGGGAUUCCUCUCUGGGUGGCAUCCCAUGAUGCUCUUUCCAAAUGGUCUCUGACCAAACCAGAGCCUCAUCCUGCUAAACAUCUGCCAUUGUCCUCAGGGAGAGGAGCCCCAUAGCCUUUUCCCCAGCUCAUCUCAGACCAGCUCAGAUAAUCCAUGAGUUUUAUCAAGUCACUGUGAGUGGAGCCCACAGUGGGCUCUGUGCCAUCUGUGUAUGUGCAUAUGUGUGUGUGGGUGUGUGCGCAUACCUGGGCCAGGUUGGUAAAAAGUCCUAUCGUGUCCUUGACUAAACUAAUGCCAAACCCCAGUGCCGAUAAGAAUCAAAUAGUUAUGAUGUGGUUCCUUGACCUUCCUCAUCCUUUUUCCAGCCCAUCUUAUAAUUAACUUGGACCCUUGUGGAGACAGAACUGUACUUGGUGAGGUAUGCUGACACUUCCAUCUAUUUAUUUUUAAGGCUGGAUCAGAACCAACCUAGGUCCAUCUUGUUUCUCUGAGAGUUUCAGUCCAUCUCUAUGAAAACUUGCUAAUUCAAGCCCAGAGAUUAUGUUGGGUCCCUCAUCUCCAGCCCCCACCUAUCACAGAUCAACCAAAAGCAUGGUGAUGGAAACCUAUUUAGUUCAUUCCUAACAAGGUGGGACCACAUUAUGUUCUUGUCCAACCUGUGUCUUGGUUAUGUUCCAAGACCCUGUCUGUCUCCUCCCAAUAGCCUCUUACCACUAGCUCCCAUUAAGGAAUGGAUGUGAGGGUCAGGUAGGAGAGAAGGAGGAAUCAAGAAGGGAAAUUAAUUCCCCCUUUGAAAGUGGGUUAUUUGAACUAUGUGUUUGGGGGAAGUUCCUCUGGAUAUUAAUUGAAGUUAUAUACCUCAUGUUUUGAGGGUUUAAUAUAAAUAUAUGGAUAUAUAUUUCAUAAGAUUUGGAAGGUUUUUGACGCCAUAAAAGGUUGAAAUAAAAGAACCUCCAACAGAGGUACUUAAGGUAAAAGCGAAAGCAGCUUUCAGGACAGUCAGCUGCCUCCUGUUAGGUCUACAGCUGUUUGACAUUGUUGUGACUACUGGACUUACUUACGUGUCACCCCAGUUCCUUGGCAUGUGCUGGUGCUCAACUUUUUCAGUUUCCAAAUAGCUAGAGUGUUAAUGGGUUCUCACCAGCCACCAGGGGGAGCUCUGGUAGGAUAGACUAUUCCUGCCAUCUUGGUGUCAGUAUCUCCUAUGGGGGAAGCCAUUUUGUCUCACCAGCAGACCAGGAGACUAGUCCUGAGUUCAGUGUAAGAUGGCAUAAGUUCCUGCCACAGUAAAGAAGGAGACAUCACAACUAAAUGGAAUAGAUGUUAAAUGCUGAACUUGAGUCACAGGCAUGCCUUUUACCAGGUUACUAUCCCAGAGAUCACUAUAGAGCCUCAUUGCCAGCUCAGAAUCAUCUUCAGCACCCUUUAUUUUAUCUACUUCUUAUCAAUAGGGAUAAGGAGGCAGAUUGAGGAAUGAUGGGAAGAAAAACCACAAUGAAGCAGUGGUACAAAGUAAGACAUAAAGGCAUGCUUUAAUACCUGGCAGAAAGGGUUCAUCAAGUGAAGAAGGGGGAGGCCAAGGGCAGAAGGAAGAAGACCUGAGAGGAUGACUAAGGAAGUCAGUAUUCCAGGGCAGUACCAAUCACAGAGUUAGUCUUCAUCCUUCAAACAUUGCCCCAGAGGACUUUAAGUUGUCCAUGCCCCAUUUCUGUUCCAUGGUCAGGAUUGUUAGGGAGCUAAACACCUCACACUGAUCCCCAUUUCUGUUCCAUGCUGAGGAUUAUCAGAGGGUUGAACUCACCUCAGGCUGCUCCUCCCAGACAGGCAGGGCAGAAGAGAUCUUGAAUUUCCCACUUAACACUGUACCAAUCAAAGCAAGAAGCAUUCCCUUGCCUUCUCUUAUGCCAAACCAAAAAGGUACAGAUUUAGUUUCAACAGGAUCAAGACCUGGGCACAAGCUACUUUGACACAGGGUGUUUCCCACAAGAUGCCCAGCUCUGUUGUCCUGGCACAAGCAGAGGACCUCGUAUCUCAUGUCCUUUCAUGGUUUCAGCACCAGCAGGCUAGUUCUUCCCCCAUACUCCAGGAAUUGCCAGGGGGACUGGAGACACCUUGUGACUUGUUCAUCCCUUAAAGGGUUAUGUGACCCAUAUGUGGUUGUGUGUGUCCUUGUGUUUUCGUUCACCUUCCCUCUUUGUAAAAUUUGGACUUCUCUGUGGUUUUGUACUUGUUCAUAAGUACUUGUCCUAGGAUUGCACUGUUGUGUGCAUGACAGGAUUGGGAAAAGACCCAUGUGACAUAAGAAAUGACCACUUGCCUGUGUUUGCUGGUAUCUAAGUGGUGGUUUCUGGGGAAGGGCAGGUUAAUGUCCAGUUGUAAGUUGUUCUCUUUGUAACUGAUGUGUUUUGAAGUCUGGUGUGGCUCUGAGGGAGGACAUUGCCACCUGGUGCUCAUGAGGUUUAUGUGCAGAACAAUAAAUUGCAAAUGAACACCCCAA